AUGUUAUCCACCAAGACCCUCGUCUUCAUUCUCGUCGUCCUUCUUGCCAUUUCCACCGUCUCCUCGACCCCAAGUGGCGGAAACAAGUGCGGUCGCAUUUUGAUGGGCCACAUCGACGCCAUUUGUGGCAAAGAUUGCGACGAAUCAGCCGAGUUCUGGAAACUCUGUGCCCAAGGUGACGCAUACUCCGAAGACGACAUCCGCCAGAUUUGCUGCCCUACAGCAUGA